AUGUAUCUCCGCGCCGUCCACGCCGAAACACACAUCCCCCUCCUCCAACAGUUCAUCCGCGACAAUCCCCUCGGCAUCCUCACAACCGCCAUCAAAUCCCCCAACUACCCCCUCCUGCAAUCCAGCCACAUCCCUUUCGUCCUCGACAUCCCAGACUCACCCACCGACAAUGCAUAUGCCGAUCCCACCCCAGGUACUCUCCGCGGACACAUCGCCAAGCAAAACCCGCAAGCAAAAGCCCUAAUGGAAGCUCUGGCCCAGCACCAAGCACAAACCCAGUCCACGUCCCUCGAACUCCCCGACGAGGUCCUCAUCCUCUUCAACGGCCCACACCACCACUACGUCACCCCCAAAUUCUACAAAGACACAAAACCCGCUACGGGCAAGGUUGUGCCCACCUGGAACUACUCCGCCGUGCAGGCCUACGGCAAGAUUACCGUGUACUGCGACUCCAAGGCUGAGGAGACGGGUGCGUUCCUGUCGCGCCAGGUGAAUGAUUUAUCGCGGCAUGCGGAGACCGCGAUUAUGGGUUACACGGGGGGUGAGAGGCUGGGGCCGUGGAAGGUGAGCGAUGCGCCGGAGACGUAUGUGGAGCUUCUCAAGAAGAAUAUUAUCGGGUUGGAGGUGAGAAUUGAGCGGUUGCAGGGGAAGUUUAAGAUGAGUCAGGAGAUGGGGCAGGGGGAUCGGGAGGGGGUGAUUGAGGGGUUUGAGAGGUUGGGGUCAGAGGUUGGGAUGGGCAUAGCGAAGAUGGUGAAGGAGAGGGGGGAGCUGAAGGAUAAGAAGUAG